GCCAGAGGGUCGGUAGAGAGUUUUUUUGGUGCUCUCUCCCUCGCGUAAUUUCUGUGUCUUUUCCUCGCUGUGUUUUCUCUUCCAUCUCUGGUAAGGUCAAGUUUCCAGUUGAAUUCUGGAUUCCAUUUCGCGAUCUUCGAUAACGGUACCGAUCGCUAUCGCGAUCGCGAUUUUGGUUGUUGUAAGAACUCAAAGAAGAACAAUUUGAGGAAGAAGAUUCAGAGUUCAAUCAUUUAUGGAGGCUGAUUCGUGGAAUGCUCACUUUCAGCUUUCAUCUUCGCGACGCUACCGAUCUCGGUCCGGUGUGUACCAAGGAGAUCAUGAAGAAAUUGAAGAUGAAAAUUCGAGGGCUGAGUUUUUGUGCCCUUUUUGCGCCGAGGAUUUUGAUAUUGUAGGUCUUUAUUGUCACGUCGACGAGGAGCACCAGGUGGAAGUCAAGAACGCGGUAUGUCCAUUAUGCACAAAGAAGGUCGGAAUGGAUAUUGUUGGCCACAUCAUCUCACAACAUGGGAGCCUUUUCAAGGUGCAGCGACAGAGGAGAUUGCGAAAAUUUGGAUCUAGUUUGACAUUUUCGAAGCUGAGAAAGGAGCUUAGGGAAGGAAACUUGAGAUCCCUUCUUGGUGGUUCUUUACACUCUGCCCCCACCAGUACUGAACCUGAUCCAUUGUUGUUUUCGUUUACUUCUAAUCUGCCUACCGUCAGUCAGCCAUCUAAAGUGCAGUCUCAACUGUGGGCUGAAGUAACUUCAUCACAGGAAAGUUCCAAGGCUGACUGUUCAGGGAGGAGCAACGUCUCAAGGCUGAGGGCUUCAAAUAAGGAUCAAAAGGAGAAGGCUCAGAAAUGUGAAUUUGUACAAGGGCUGUUGAUGUCUACUGUGCUUGAUGAGUUAUGAUUUGGUAUAGGUUCAAGUAUGGAACCGAGAGCGUAGGUUAUCAGAAUGGAUCGAUCUGAUAUGAAUAUUGCAACGGGUGGCAAUAGAUAUUAGGUAAUCUAAACUUCGCAAUGUUCUAUUAUCCAAAAGUAUAUAUGUGCAUAAAUGGAAAGAUGGAAGGUUCUUGUUUUAUCAACAUUUAGUAACAUGAUAUGAUACUUCAACUCUUGAUCGUAGAUGAUCUCCAAUUCAUCCUA